ACCCUCAAAAUGGCGGGAUUCCUUUCUUCCCUCACAAAUUGGCGGGAAAAAUCCCACCUUACAUACACCCUUCUCCCGCCGCUUUUUUCCAUAACCAUUACCACUACAAUCUAACACUCUCAAAACACUGAGUCUGAAGAGAGAGAAAACCUAAAAAUGGUAGGAUUACCGUACGAUUGCCUCGCAAAUCCUCUCGGAGCCGUCCGAUUAACCUUCGACAAAGCUGUAUCUUCCGGUCUUAAUCCAUCUACAUCCGAUGGCUCUGAUUGGGGGGCCGUUGAUCUCUUCCGUCAAUUUCUUUUCGACGAUUCCGGCAUUUCUCAGGUUCCGAUACUUAAUGCUACGAGUGUUAAGUACAUUCAACCUAAUAUGUUGGUUCGAUUUCGUGGAAUGAUUCAAGAUAUGUUGGGAAAUGAAUUUUAUGCUGGCGUUUACAAGGAUGGAUCAACUUGGAGGACCAACAAAUAUUCGGAUGUAUCUCAAGUUCAAAUGGAUUUCUCACCUGAUAUGCGGGUGUGGGAGCGUCGCCUUCUUUAUUGUGUUCCUGUCCCCGGGCUGAAUUCAUGGGCAGAACCUUUGGAAGUUUUGUCAAAUCAACAAAAGAUUUUGGCUUCACAACAAAGGGAGAAGCGUCCAAGGAAUGAUGAUGAAGCUGCUGAUCAUAUGGAUUUGGAAUCAAAUCAAGGUUGUCUGGAUUCUCCAGUUACCAAAAAGAUGAGGGAAGAAGGGCAUCCUUCCUCAUCAGCAAUGCAGCAAGACAUGGUAAAUGAAGGGACCACUCCUUCCUUUAGACCGCCUGAUUCAGAGAAAAAUCCUUUUCCUUGUCUGGUGAAGGUCUAUGACUCCCCUGAGUCUGACUUAAAACUAAAUGAGAUAUUUGAGUUUAUCGGAGUCCUGAGUUUUGAUUCAGAGUUAGAAUUAAACAAGGAGGAGGCUGAUCUGCAGUCUAACAGCCUUUAUGAAGAUGACUUGAUUCAGUUACCCCCUAGCAAGGUACCUCGUAUUCACUGUCUUGUACACAAGAAGCUCGCGGUUAAUGAUUUCGUCAACGUUUCACCACUGACAGAAUUAAAUCCUUUGUUGAUUAGAGAAACAAGGGAAGUCUUGCUUAGGCAUCUCACUGCUGUUCUUGGCAACGAUGGAGUGGCAGCUCAAUAUCUGUUGUUGCACCUAUUGUCUCGGGUGCAUGCUAGAGUUGAUGGUGUCGCUGUUGGGAAGCUUUCGCUUAAUUUCACUAGCAUCAGCCAAGAAACUGCAUCUGUCUUUGUCAGUCGUCUUAGUGUCGCGAUGAUGGAGCUUCUUCCUUUUACACAGCAUAUACCACUAACAAUCGAGUAUCUUAACAAUGCCACCCUUGCCCCCAAGAAGGAUUAUGAAGCAAAUAAGUUGGUUUCUGGAGUUCUUCAGCUGGCUGAAGGGUCACACUUGACUGUUGAUGAGACAAAGUUGCAGUCUGGAACAUUGAACUCUACUGGAGUUGAGAAUACAAGAUCAUUGAAGAACUUGACAGAAGUACAGCAGGUUGAAUAUGAUUUCAAGUACUACAAAAUGGAGAUGGCUGCAGAUGUGCAGCUGCUUGUUCUAUCUGAGGGGAAAUCCAAUAUCCUCCCUACCGAUUUAGUACUUCCUUUUCAGCCUUCAUCAACAGUCUCCUCAGAAAUUACAGAUGAAGCAAUGCUACAAUCCUGGAGAUGGUAUUUGGCCACCAUGAGAUCACUACCUCAUUCGAUUAGUCCUGAAAUGCAGAAGGUGGUUGAAGAGGAUCUAGUGGCAGCUAGGCAAGCUGACCGUAGUCUGGGGAGCCACGAUUUUAGCAGAUUGCUGACAAUGAGUAGACUUGUGUCAUUGAGCUUUGGCGAAACAAGUCUAUCCAUGGAGCACUGGCAAAUGGUGAAGGAAUUAGAAAGGCUAAGAAAAGAGAGGCUCAGAUGAAGUCAAUUAAAACAUGUAACCACAUAUGUUCUCAUAAAUACUGCUAUAAGAACAUAUAUUAUAAUUGAUUAUGCAAGUCACUGCCAAGCAGAGCCAAACAGAGCUGGCUUCUUUAGUGAAGUGCUGAAUUGCUCUUCAGUUAUAUUGUAUUUUAUGCAAAGCAUUCUGUCUGCUUAUGCUAUAUAUAGAUCCUACUCUUACAAAAAAGUACCUCUAUUUCAAAUUAAUCUACACACUUUCCUUUUUGA